AUGUCCAAGACUAUCAAGGUUGCCGCUAUCCAGGCCGAGCCCGUCUGGCAGGAUCUCCAAGGCGGUGUUGCCAAAUCCAUCAGUCUCAUCCAAGAUGCAGCUGAGAACGGUGCCAACGUGAUUGGAUUCCCUGAGGUGUUCAUCCCUGGUUAUCCGUGGAGCAUCUGGGCCAACUCGCCUACCGAAAACGCGGCCUGGAUCAACGAGUAUUUCAACAACUCCCUCGAGAAGGAAUCUCCUGAGAUGGACCGGAUCCGCGCGGCUGUCCGUGAGGCGGGCGUGUUCGUUGUCUUGGGAUAUAGUGAGAGAUACAGAGGAACACUGUACAUUGCUCAGUCUUUCAUCGAUGAAACCGGCACUAUUGUUCUUCACCGUCGAAAGAUCAAGCCGACCCACGUUGAGCGCGCUAUCUAUGGUGAUGGACAAGGCGAAUCACUGACUAAUGUUGCGGAAACCAAGUUCGGAAAGGUCGCAGGCCUUAACUGCUGGGAGCACACUCAAACACUCCUUCGGUACUACGAGUACUCUCAGGACGUCGACAUCCACGUCUCCAGCUGGCCAUCUAUUUUCCCUCAACACACUCCCGAAUGGCCUUAUCACAUUACGCCUGAGUGCUGCAAAGCCUUCUCCCACGUUGUGUCGAUGGAAGGCGCCUGCUUUGUCCUUCUGGCGAGUCAGAUCUUGACUGAGGAGAACAUUGAGAAAGCCAACCUCAAGGGCUAUGACUACACCAAGAACGGCGGUGGCGGGUUCAGCAUGAUUUUCUCGCCUUUUGGAAAGGAGCUUGUGAAGCCAUUGGACCCGGGUGUCGAGGGGAUCCUAUAUGCUGACAUCGAUUUGGCUGAGAAGUAUAAGGCUAAGCAGAACCUGGACAUUGUGGGCCAUUACUCGCGACCUGAUGCGCUGAGCCUUCGGGUCAACCGUCACGCUGCCAAGCCUGUCUUCUUUGCCAAUGAACUUUGA